AAGUUCUAAUUGGUUUGUUUUUGUGUAAUGUAAAUUCAACUAUGUGUUAUUCAAAUUCCUGUUUGUAUUAAAACAAUGUUAACGAUCAGAAGUAGUGAAAAUGUCAAAAUCAUCGUUUUUGUAGGUAUUCUUAUGCAAAGUAUGAUCUCAGCAGAUAAUGAGAAAUAUGCUGCUACAAUAGAAACAGUGUCGACAGAAUCACAAUCGAACAUAAUUAUCAAUACUUUAGCAGAAAUUAGAACAGAGGCAAUAACAACUAUAUCAACAGAAACGGGAUCUGAAUCCACAACAACAGAAGCUCCAGCAUCAUUAGAGUCCAAUACAACCGAGUCCCGAACUCAAACGGAAUCUCAAUCUGGAACAAUCUCAGAAUCUACCGAAAGGGUAAACUCUGAAGCGGCAAGAGCUACAAAUUCUCCAGAAGAGGAAAAUGCCGAAUAUACAAUGUUUAUAGAAUCCACAGAAGCUACAAUGAACUCUUCUGACGAGACAGAUUCCGAGCCUGAUCUAACUUCAGAAUCCUUUUCAAACGAGUCAGGUACGAAAUCUUUAGAAAAAGUAGACUCGAUCCCUUCAACAUCUUCGGGAUUGUUGGCAAUUUCAAAUGACAGAUCCGAGACAACUGCAAACUCUAUAGCAUCAGAAAAUUUAGAAUCUGAUAUUAUCACAGAUACUUCUGCAGUAGAAAAUACUGAAUCCAAUUCAUCUUCAGAAACCUCUACAAAUGAGGAAUAUGACCUGGAAUCAAGUGAAACAUUUGUAGCAUCUUCGGCUCCAGCAAUAUCAAAUGCUGGAUCCGAAACAACUACACAAUCUCCAGGAGUAACAAUCCCAAAGUUCCAACUUUCCACAGAAUCUUCUAAAUUGUUAGAUGCUGAUUCUAAUCCAUAUUCACAUGAUUCUUCGAUUACAGAAUCCCAAUCUGAGUCAAAUUCCGAAUCUCGAUCAGAAACUAAUGAAAAUUUUCUAGCCAUAUCAAAUGCAGGAUCUGAGAUUAAUACAAUAUCUUCAGCAAUAAUAAACCAAGAAUUUCAAAUCAUUACAGAAACUUCUAAGGCAGAGAAUGCUGAAUCUUCUGUAACGGAUAAUAAUGGACCAGAUUCAUCUUCAAAAUUACCCCAAAAUGAAGAGUCUGAAUUCAAAUCAAGUGAAGAAUCUUCGGAUGACGCAAACUCUACAUCUGGAACAUCUUCGGAGCUUCCUACAAUAUCAAAUGAUGGAUCCUACACUAUCACACAAUCUCCAGAAGUAGUAAUCUCCAAUUUGCAAGCUAGUUCAGAAGAUCCUACAGCUAUAGAUGUUAUAGAUUCCACACCGAAUUCAGAACGACCAGAAGGAUAUACUGGAAAUUUCCUAGUGAUAUCAAAUGCUGGCUCCGAAACUACUUCUAAAUCAUCAAUAAUCACAAACCAAGGGUCUCAAACUAUCACAGAAACUUCUGAAACGGAGAAUGCUAAAUCUGAUUUAUCUUUAGAAGCAUCAUCAAAUCCAAAUUCUGAAUUUGAAGCUAGUGCAGAAUAUCUGCCAAAGGCAAACUCGACAUCUGAGACUUCUUCGGGAUCCCCAAUAAUAUCAGAUGAUGGUUUCAAAACAACUACACAAUCUCCAGUAUUAGCUAAUACAGAAUCUUCUUUAGCGAUACAUGAUGAUUCUAAUAUAAAAGACAUUGCAGAAACAGAUUCUGAAUCCGAACCAAAUUCAGAAGCUACCGCAAGAUCAACUGGAAAUUUUCCAGCAAUAUCAUCAAAUGCUGGAUCCCCAACAACUUUACAAUCUUCGGAAACAGCAAAAAUGGAAACUGUUACCGAUCCGUCUGCCACGGGAAGUUCUGAAUUUGAAAUAAAUUUUCCAGCAGAAGAGGACUCAACAUCAGGAAAUUCUUGGAAACUUCCAGAGAUAUCAAAUACCGUAUCCGAAAUGACUAGACAACCUCCUGCAUUAGCAAGCUUACAAUUUCAAACCAAUUCAGGAGAAACUGGAAAUUCAGAAUCUGAAUCAAAUUAUGAAUCUCCGAUGGGAACAACUGUACGUUUUCAAUUUUCUUUGAAUACUGGAUCCGAAACUAAUACAAAGUCUGCAGAAACAGUAAACCUGGAAUCUCAAACCAUCACAGUGACUUCCGCAGCGGGUAGUUCUGAAUCCGAUGAAGCUCCUCCAUCAGAAGCAGUCUCUGCAUCCGUAAAUCCUAUUGAAUUCUUAGCAAUAUCAAACGCUGUAUUUGAAAUGACUACACAACCUCCAUCAUUAGAUAGCAUGAAGCUCCAAACCAACUCAAGAGAAACUGAAAAUACAGAGUCUGAAUCUGAACUUAAUUUCGAAUCUCUGACAGAAAACCCUGUACAUUCCACAGUUGUUUCGAAUACUGAAUCCGAAACUACUACAAAAUCUACAGCACCAGUGAAUUCGGAAUCCCAAAUUAUAACAGGAAAUUCUGAAUCUGAUAUAACUUCUAGAUCAGAAGCAAACUCUACAUCCGGAAAUUCUUUGCAACUCCCAGAGAUAUCAAAUGCCAUAUUCGAAAUUACUACACAACCUCCAACAUUAGCAAGCAUAAAGUUUGAAACAAAUUCAGAAAGUGGGGAGUCUGAACUAAAUUCAGAAUCUCUAACAGAAGAUACUGAAUAUUUUCCAGCGAUAUCAAAUGAUUCGGCAACAGAAAGUGGGUCCGAUAUUAAAAUAAGUACAGAUUAUCCUGCAACACCAAAAACUGCAAUAUAUCCAACAGAGUCCAAUUUUGGAACAAAAUAUAAUUUAUACUUCAGCUCCGAACCAGCAUCGUACCAAGGCGCACAAUCAGCAUGUGAGGAAAUGAAUAUGCAAUUGGUUACCAUUGAAGAUAAAGAGAAGAAUGACGAAAUACAAAAAUAUCUUCAGCAAAUAGGCGAUACUACAAAAACAUUUUUAUCGGGAGCAGUAAGAAGAGGAUUAGACGGAAGAAAAGCUGGAAAUGAGCCGUUCCGUUGGGAGAAUUUACAUAGACUCACAUUUAGAAACUUCAUAGAAGGCACGCCUAGAAACUAUCCAGAUAUUGAAAGGACGGUGAUUGCCGUUACGAACGAUGGAAAAGAAUUGAAAUGGUUAGAUGUUAAACCUACAGAUAAUUACUAUUACAUAUGCGAAACACCUUCUUCUUCAGAUGUUCCUGCUCCUCUUGAACCAGAAAAUCCGUACAAUUUCCAUUUUAGUGACUUCAUUGUGGAUUCCUAUAGAGCUGCAGCUUCCGAAUGUGCUAAAUUAGGAAUGUCAUUGGUUACAAUAUCCAAUGAGGUAAAAAAUUAUGCGCUGGCAAAAAUACUAGAGGCAAAUGAUGAUAGUACUCGGUAUCUGCAAAUGUCUUUCGUGAAGAAUAACGUUCUAGUGUGGCCGAACUGUGAUCGAGUACAGUGGACAAACCCAAGUACAGACUGCUUCACAAAAUCAACAGAUCUUUGUGAAUCCAUACAUUUUGACUAUGCCACUCAAAAUGCAGGUUGGUGUAGGGAUGACUGCUCGAAACGUAGAUUUCUCCUAUGCGAAAACAUAACCAAAUCAGAAUUGAGCCAAAAUGGAGCAAAAAAGUGUAAGGUUAGAACAGGUCAUGGAACAGCAGGUGUAUAGACAAAAUCUGGUAGUGGAGGCUGUAAAGGUAGCAAGGUAGCGUGGUAGCUUAUUAAAUAAGUAAAAUUGGUAGUUCAUGUAAUAUAUUGAUGAGAAUAAUUAAUAAAUGGUAGAAAUGA